AGAAACAAAAUGAACAUAAUACCAACAUUGUAACGACGAGUGAACGCGAGCGUGAGAGAGAGAGAGUGAGUGAGCGAUGAGCAGCUCGCGCGAGAGCGUGCGUUUGAGAGACUCAUUCGUUGUAUCGUUGUAACUCCUAUUCAUAGAAAGAAAAACAAACACGAACACAAACAAACACACACUGACGACUCGACAAAUGGUCCUCCGCGAGUGAAAAAUAAUGUUUGAGCGUGUAAUAAAAAUCAUCUUUAAGUGAACCGAAUCAUCUCAUCACCGAGGAGAAGCCUCCAAAGAAGAGAUUGAAAUGAGAGAGGGAGGGAGCAGCAACCUCUCACGCGCUCUCUCCCUCGCAAAACGAUAAUAUCAUGCAACAAAAUUAUCCACUAUUUGAAUUUUGAUAACCUUUUUUAAGACUGGUUGCAACGCGGUUCUACUUUGUUCUAGCUGUUUCAUUUUUCAAAUAGAACUGAAACAGACCACCCGCAACGCGGAGUUGCAGUUUUAUUUUUCGAGCAGUAUUUUGGAUCAGAAAUAAAACUGCUCGACGAGUUUGUUUCAAACGUGUGACGAUUUGGAACUGGAAUAGAACUCUGUUUUAUUUUUUGCUUCAGUGUGUUAGUGACAUUUGACAGAUAAACAAAGUUUUGAUUUCGAUUCACUUUGAUUCUUGUUUUUUUAGCAGCAGCUGCGUUUCUGGUCUCGGUUUUGGUGAGUUUUCCUGUUUUUAAUAAAAACUAGUUUUUUUAUUCGUUAUCGAAACAUUUUUAGGAAAUGGAAGAUGCGGGGGGUAAGAAAAAAUCUUCCGGGAAGAAGCGAGGAGCUGGAUUUCACCCCCAGGAUGAUCUUCAACUAGCUAAAUCAUGGAUUGCUGUUUCAGAAGAUCCGAUCAAGGGCACGGACCAAACAAAAGAUUCAUUUUGGAGCUCGGUCAAAGAACACGGUGGGUUCGAGACCCGAACUCCUGACGGUCUUCGCCAACGAUGGGGUGUCGUAAGCCGCGCGGUCUCAAAGUUUUGCGGGAUAAUGACUAAUCUCCAAAAUAAGAACCAAAGUGGGACGACGGAUGAGGAUAAACUCGACAAAGCGGCAGUUAUUUUUAAGCAGGAUGAAGGCAAAGAGUUUCGAUUUCUUGCGUGUUACGACGUUUUAAGCUUCUGCCCGAAAUUCAGUGUUGAUCUUGGAAAUAGCGUGGGAGCUGCUAGUACCUCCGCUGCUAGUACCUCCGCUGCGAGUACCUCUACUGCUAGUCCGUCCGCCGCAAAUUCUUACGCCGAGAGUCCAACUGGUCGUCCAUGCGGACGUGAUAAGUCGAAAUUCCUCUCAAACAACGCCAGCAACAUUCAUGCCUUGGAACUGCGACGAGCUGAAGCACUUGAACGUAUUGCGUCAGCUGCCGAAGUGAAGGCGAAAGUUUUUACUGAAUAUAAAAAUGAACUCAGACAAAAAAAUGUUAUCCAAAUUGCCACUACUCGUUUGGAUGAUUUGGACCCGAUCUCGAGGAAGAUAAUGAUAAUAGAGAAGCAAAGGGUGUUGCAAGAACUAACUGUGUCCAAUAACAGUUUGAAUACAGAUUCCAGCAACAUUUCUUCGCGAAUUGAUGGAACUCAGAGUCUAUGCGCAAUGCUAACACCCAAGGACGACCCAGAAUCUGUAAACCAUGCCACUGUUCCGGAUGACGACAUUUUCCAGAAGUUUAUCGAGAUCGAUAAUGAGCUGAGCGAGGAAGAAAACUUUUCCGAAAAUUAAUGUUUGGUAGCAUCUAUGCGUUUCGUAUAUUGUUUUAAGAUAAGAUUAGGCACUAGAUACCAUUCUAGCAUUGCCUUUGUUGAAGUCCAGUGAGGUCCCUUAUUUAAAUGAUUAAAUAAAUUAUUGAUUCUAACUUUCAUUUCAAGUGUAAUUAUUAGGAUGUAACAAAACGGGUCAAUUUUGCGGGCAUUUCAGGGCAUGAUCUUCUAGGUGUACUGAGCCCGAAUACUAAAUAUGAGCUGAUUGCUUGCGGUUGCUAGCAGGAGACCGACUCCGUGGCUUAAUGGUUACGGCUUCUGCCUGCCAAAAAACGAAACAGAAUCAGGUGGGGUUCGAACUCACACCUUUGGAUUGAUGGUCUAAAACAUGCUGUAUUCUUCUCAUAUUAAGUACGCUCUGAUCCCUGAUUUGCCUGCAUGGAUUGGGAUAGAUCAAGGAUCCGUCUGGAGCUUGCUUCUAUGUUAAGGCGGGGCCGGACAAUGCCCAACGACCUCGGAAUUGGGCCGCUAGGAUCUCUGCUAUUCUGAAAUGGGUCGUUGGAAGCAGCGCGAGGGCUUUCACCACCUAAUACCCGGGACUGAGAUAAGUUGUAUCAGCAUUCGGCAUAUACAAAGUUCGAUACAAAUUAUACUUUUUCAUAAUUUCGCUACCGGUUAGCGGGUAUUGGAUUGGACCACACACACACACACACACACACACACACACACACACACACACACACACACACACACACUGCUUGCGGUUGCUGGCAGGAAACUUCCUCUCGAUGAGUAAAUUUUGCGAUCUUGGAUUAAAAGUGCAAUUCGGCCGAGGCGGGAUUCUGCAGGGCCAAGAAGCGAUUCUGGUGGGCGAGCGUGGGCUCUACCGCUUGAAGCAGUUUGUGGAGAAGGCGAUGCUUGCGAUGUUCAGCGUGUCUGUGGGGUGUGCAAGCUGGGUCACCUACCGUUCCCGAAGGAGCCCCAUGGAAGUUGCGACGCGGCAGGAAACCGGUACCUCAUGGCGCUGUUGGACGAUUUCAGUGGGAACACAGUGGUCUACCUGCUGAAGGCGAAGUCAGAGGCCGAGUCCAAGAUACGGGAGUACUUCAACUUGGUUAAAUAACCAGUUCAGUCGUCCUCCCAGAGUCUUUCGCACGGAUGGCGGAUACGAGUAUUCCGGAUCGUCGUUGAAGAAGUUUCUGGUCGAAAGCGGGACGUUCCACUUACCCCAGCAGAACGGGAAAGCGGAGCGGAAGAACCGAUACGCUGUGAAGAUGAUGAGAUGCAUGAUCGCCAAUUCUGGCCUUGGUAAGCAGUACUGGGGAGAGGCGAAAACAGCGACAACCUUCAUCAUCGGUCGAGAAGACUCCGCAUAAGCUGUGGUACAGCAAGAAGCCAUCGUACAACCACAUCCGGACCUUCGGCUCGCAGGCAUUCGUGCACGUUCCGAAAGAGAAGCACCUGAAACUGUACAUGAAGGCGGAGAAGAUGGUCUUCGUGGGGUACGCUGAAGGGCGGAAGGCUUACAGUUUCUUGGACCCCGACACCAAGCGGAUCGUGAUCAGCAGAGAUGUCAAGUUCAUCGAACAGGACGGUGUUGCAGAGGUUGCAGAGGAACCGGUCCGAACCGAUUGAAAAAUUCGACGCUUUUGAGAUGGCUACAAGCGGAAGCGAAACUCAGCCGGAGAAAUUCUCAAGCACAAAGUGCGCCAGGUGGCACAGGGGUACUGCCACAAGUACGGCGAAGAUUACGACGAAGUCUUUGCCCCUGUAACGAAGCAGACCACGUUUCGCGCAAAGAGAAGCUGAUCCUUUGACGUGAAGACGACUUACCUGUACGGCAAACUCAAUGAGGAACUGUACAUGAAGCAACCGGCAACUCGAGGAGGAGCUGUACAUGAAGCAACCUGCAUAUUUGAGAAGAAAGGAGCAGAGAAGCUGGCGUGGAGACGCAGAAGAAGCAUCUACGGGCUGAAGCAGUCCGCCCGGUGCUGGAACCAUCGACUGCACGCCGUCCUGGUUGCAAUGGAGUUCGUCCAAAGUGGUGCAGAUUCCUGUCUAUACACAAAGGAUACACAAAGAACAUGAAGACACGAAAGCCCACGUCAGGAAUGGUGUUCGAACUAGCGGGGGCGCUUUUUCUUGGGCAAGCCAGUUCCAGAACUCUGUAACUUUGUCUUCGAUGGAGUCGGUGUUCCUGGCGUUGAGCGAAACGAGCUCAACGUUUGGCUACUACACCUGCUAGACAAUCUUGGCGAAGCGCCAGCUGCGUAAAGUUAACCGCAAUGAUGAUUCGUUGAAGUGGAUUGAGUGUUCAAUGUUCAAACAAAAAUUCAUUCCUGAAUCUACAGGGGAGGAAGAAACGUGGGCAGU